GUCAAUUUGCAGUCACUCACCCAUCAAUAAUCAGGAUCCUGUUCAAUUGAAUCCAAUUUGAUUAAAAAAAAAACCAUCGCCAUGUUCGCCGCUCGCCGCAUCACUGCUGCCCUCCCUCGCACCGCCGCGCAGCGGGCCCUUUUCCACAGGACAGCCCCUGCGCUGGUCCGUCAGGGAGACGCGGUGCCGGAUCUGAAUGUCCUGGUGGAGGACUCGCCUGGGAAUAAGGUCAACUUGGCCAAGGAGAUCACUGGGAAGGCUGUCAUUAUUGGCACCCCAGCUGCCUUUAGCCCGGCUUGUUCUAGCACCCACGUCCCCGGAUACAUCAACCAUCCCAAACUCAAGGAAGCCGGUCAGGUCUUUGUUAUCUCGGUCAAUGACCCAUUCGUAACCAAGGCGUGGGGAGCUACUCUCGACCCCUCCGGCAAGAGCGGCGUCCGCUUCCUGGGCGAUCCGACCGGUCAGUUCACCGAGGCUCUUGAUCUCUCGUUCGAUAGCACCGCCAUCUUCGGAAACCGGAGGAGCAAGCGCUACGCGCUCGUCAUCGAGGACGGGAAGGUCAAGGAGGCCCACGUCGAGCCGGACAACACUGGUGUCGAUGUUUCCGCCGCCGAAAAGGUUCUCGGCUGAAAGAAUACCUUAAUCCCAAUUUAUUCCUCUUCCUAUUCACAGCCAAAUUCUGGCUGAUUCCAUCAAUGUACAGAUAACCUUGAACG